AUGUUGACAUUGCCAACUCGGCGAAUUAUUUUUUGGUUAAAACUAGCGAUCAUAAUUACUUGCAUAUCGUUCAUCUUUCUUUUCACUCAUCUUGCUGAAAUCACCGAAAAACCUCAUUACAGAUAUCCUGCGCAACAUAUACCACCAUAUCACUGUCCAUUGUCAAAUAAAACGGGUACAACCUAUAAGCAUCAUGGAUUUGUUAGAAAUAAGACAAAUUUUUUAACGGAUGGAAAGGUGCUGGUAUUUGUAGAAACGUUGUAUUCGAAGCUUGGAAAGCAAAUAAUUAACAUAUUAGAUGCGCUGAAGAUACCUCGUAAAGUUGAAACUCUUACAAAAAAUCUUCCGCUUCUAACGACCGCAAAACGUGGACGUUUCUCAAUUAUUAUUGUUGAAAAUUAUUAUAAAUAUUUAAAUUUACUAUCAUGGAAUCGGCAACUUCUUGAUAAAUACUGUCGUGAAUAUAACGUUGGUAUAAUUUCCUUUAUUGGUAAUCGACCCAACAGCUAUAUUAAUGCAAAAGUCAAAGGUUCACAGUUGACAAUUCACACCCAACAACGUGCUGUAAAUCUUCGCUUCAAUGAACGGUCGCGUGUUAAUUUUAUUAGUAAACCAGGUGCUGUGUUACAAGCACCAGAACCGGAUAAAAAUGAUUGGAUAUUAUUUGACAUCAUUAGCGGCUAUGAAGGUAUUGUGCUGGCUGACGAUAUUUUUGGAGAAGAACGCGCUAGUGUGAUAUUAGACGAUGGAUCGGAAGAUGGUAUUGAAAAGAUUUUGUUUGGGCAUAAUUUCACUCAUUGGAUCAACAAAUUAGCUUUUCUUGAUUCUUUAAGGUAUAUGCGAGAAUCUCUGAUGUAUGAUGACUUGGAGCGAUUUGUUCAAAUCGACAUCGAUGACAUAUUUGUUGGUACAAGUGGAACACGCAUGACUAAAGUGGAUGCGGAUGCUCUGUUGCAAUCGCAGUUUCGCUUACGUCGAGAUAUUACAAAUUUUACUUAUUCCUUGGGUUUUUCUGGUUAUUAUUUUCGAAAUGGUGACUCCCUUGAGGACAAAGGUGACGAAAGGCUAAUUGAAAUUGGCAAACAUUUCCUUUGGUUCCCUCAUAUGUGGAAACACAAUCAUGCACACGAACAUAAUCAAACAUAUUUGGAAGCUAUUAUGACUCAAAAUAAACUUUUUGCACAGAGUAUGGCCUUGCAUGUCAGUUCAGGUUAUGCUGUAUCGCCACAACAUGCUGGUGUUUAUCCGGUUCAUGAAGCAUUGUAUAAUUCGUGGCAGUUAAUCUGGAAUAUUACAGUAACAUCAACAGAGGAAUAUCCGCAUUUUCGACCUGCAUCAGCACGCCGCGGCUUUGUACACAGGAACAUAUCGGUGCUUCCGCGACAAACUUGUGGUCUCUACACUCAUACACAAUUCUUCCACUCAUAUCCUGAUGGAUUUACAAAAUUACUGAGUAAUAUUGAAGGUGGUGAUCUGUUCUUCACUAUAGUGAUUAAUCCAUUUUCGAUCUUUAUGACACAUCAACAAAACUACGCGAACGAUCGCCUCGGUAUUUUCUCUUUUGAGCGAGUGAUAAAUUUUAUCAAAUGUUGGACAAAUUUACGUUUACGGUGGGUAGAACCUGUACGCAUGGCUUCUGCUUACUUUGCCCGUUAUGCGGCUGAAAAAGUUCCAGUCUGGAGUAAUCCUUGCGAUGAUCCAAGACAUGCAAAAAUCCUUCCACAACCUUUCAAUUGUUCUGAGAUGCCGCUUCCGAACAUGCUUGUUGUGGGACCGCAAAAAACUGGUUCAACUGCUCUUGCCACAUUUCUUAACUUGCAUCCGAAUUUCUCUAGUAAUGAUCCAGUUCCAUCAUCAUUUGAGGAGUUGCAAUUUUUUGGAGGGCCGAAUUAUGCUCGUGGAUUGCAUUGGUAUAUGGACCAGUUUCGUUCUAAAAUUGAUCAUCUGAUUGUUUUCGAGAAAAGUGCAACUUAUUUCGAUAAUCCGGAUGCCCCACGUACAUCAUUUGCUUUACUACCAAAAGCAAAAAUCGUUAUCAUUCUUUUGGAUCCGGCAGCGCGUGCAUAUUCCUGGUAUCAUCACAUGCGUGCACAUAAUGAUACAACAGCAAUGACGCAUGAACUAGAUCAAAUUCUGGAUGCCAACGUUUCGUCGGUUCUUUUGCGGCGCCUUAGAAAUCGCUGUAUUUCACCUGGAAGAUAUACGCAUCAUUUGGAACACUGGUUGGAUUAUUAUCCAUCGACGCAAAUUCAUUUAGUUGAUGGUGAACAGCUUCGUACAGAUCCAGUGACUGCUAUUACCAAUUUAGUUGAUACUCUCCAUGCACCAAAAUUUGCCUUCAGUGAUCUCAUUAAAUUUGACGACAAAAAAGGAUUCUUUUGCAGUUAUAUUAACGGAACAAAAAGAUGCUUAGGUACAGGUAAAGGGCGCAAAUAUGAACCGCUCGAUGAGAAACUUCGUGAGAAACUAGAUCUAAUUUUUAGAGAUGACAAUAUUGCCUUGCAUAAGCUGCUGUUGCGUAAUGAUUUGCCUAUUCCGAAGUGGCUACAAAACCAACUUUCCAAAACUAAUUUUACUUGA